GAUACUCAGAUGAUAUACGACAUGCUGCUAAGGUUGAAAUCCAUUGUGUAUUUACCUGGUGAUUUUGUCUGCAAAAAGGGAGAAAUUGGUAGAGAGAUGUAUAUCAUCAAACAAGGUGAAGUUCAAGUCCUUGGAGGCCCUGAUGGCACAAAAGUCCUGGUUACACUACGAGCAGGAGCUGUAUUUGGGGAGAUCAGCCUAUUAGCCGCAGGUGGAGGAAAUCGAAGGACUGCCAACGUGGUGGCUCAUGGUUUUGCCAACCUUUUCAUUCUAGACAAGAAAACACUCAAUGAAAUCUUGGUGCACUACCCUGACUCAGAAAAACUUCUGAUGAAGAAAGCAAAGGUGUUGCUGAAAGAGAAGGGGAAACCUCCUCCUGGACCACCAGUGCAGCAGCCCCGGGGCUUGGCCAGUCUGUUUGGGCAGAAACAGGAAACUCCAAAACUGUUUAAAGCGAUGUUUGGAGCUAAAGGAAAAGGAGGCCUCGCUAAGCUGCUGCAGCUGAAGAGAGAACAAGAUAUUCAGGAACAUGAAGCUGAAGCACAGAAGCCUGAAAAAGAGAAGAAACCACCAGAGCCUGUAGCCCCAUCUGCACCCCCUCCGCAAAAGGAAGAGCCAGAAGCAGACACUAAGCCUAAACCACAUGCAGUUAUGCACAGAGGAACCACUAAUGAGUCUCUGAUCAUCACUAUGUCUCCAUCCCCCAGAGCAGAAGAAGGAGAGAUCCUUAAAGUCGAAGCUAAAGAGAAAAAAAAGAAAUAGAUGCUACUUUGGGCUGCAUUUUGUUGAAUUUGCCUUUGGGUACAGAAGAUAAAAGUAGAGGCUACUCAAAAGAGAAUCUACCCCAGCUAUUU